GAACUUCUGGGGUCUCCCAAAGCCAGGGCCUGUACAUUGGCAGUUGUACAAAUGCAACCCCAGGGUCUGGGGCCCAACGCUGGGAUGGGACCAGUGUGCCUGGGAUGCAGCCAUCGCAGACCCUAUUCACCGAUCAGAAACCCGCUAAAGAAGUUAUAUCAACAAACAUUCUACUUUCAUUUUAAGAACGUACGCUAUGCCUGGGGUCGAAAGAAUAACUUCUUGUGCUAUGAAGUGAAUGGGAUGGACUGCGCUUUACCUGUCCCCCUUCGCCAAGGGGUCUUCAGGAAACAGGGCCACAUCCACGCCGAACUCUGCUUCAUAUACUGGUUCCACGACAAAGUCCUGAGAGUGCUGUCCCCGAUGGAAGAGUUCAAGGUCACGUGGUACAUGUCCUGGAGCCCCUGCAGCAAGUGCGCGGAGCAGGUAGCCAGGUUCCUGGCCGCACACCGCAACCUAAGCCUGGCCAUCUUCAGCUCCCGCUUGUACUACUACUUAAGGAACCCGAACUACCAGCAGAAGCUCUGCAGGCUGAUUCAGGAAGGAGUCCACGUGGCUGCCAUGGACCUACCAGAAUUUAAAAAGUGUUGGAACAAGUUUGUGGACAAUGACGGCCAACCAUUCAGGCCUUGGAUGAGACUGAGAAUAAAUUUUAGUUUCUAUGAUUGCAAGCUUCAGGAGAUUUUCAGCCGAAUGAAUCUGCUAAGGGAAGAUGUAUUUUACUUGCAAUUUAACAACAGCCACCGGGUCAAGCCAGUCCAGAAUCGCUACUAUCGCAGGAAGUCCUAUCUGUGCUACCAACUGGAGCGGGCCAAUGGCCAAGAGCCACUCAAAGGCUACCUGCUAUACAAGAAAGGUGAACAGCAUGUAGAAAUCCUCUUCCUUGAGAAGAUGCGGUCCAUGGAGCUGAGCCAAGUGCGAAUUACCUGCUACCUCACCUGGAGCCCCUGCCCAAACUGUGCCCGGCAACUCGCUGCAUUCAAAAAGGAUCACCCAGACCUAAUUCUGCGGAUCUAUACCUCCCGCCUGUAUUUCUACUGGAGGAAGAAGUUCCAGAAGGGGCUGUGUACUCUGUGGCGAUCAGGGAUCCACGUGGACGUCAUGGACCUCCCUCAGUUUGCUGACUGCUGGACAAACUUUGUGAACCCGCAAAGGCCCUUUAGGCCAUGGAAUGAACUGGAGAAAAACAGCUGGCGCAUACAAAGGCGGCUCCGGAGGAUCAAGGAGGUGAGAACCACAUUGCUGCAGGCCCCGCCUCCUAGUCCAGACCCCGCCCCUUCAGCAAACCCUGCCCCAUUACAGGCCCUGCCCACUGCAGCAGAACUCUCAGUCCUGGGCACAGGCUUCUUGCUGCAGGCCCAGGCUCCCCUUCCCAUGUUCCUUGGGUGUCCCUCCCUUCACCCUUCCUUGGGCCCAGCCCCUCAUCUCUAGACAUCUUUUGUUCUCUUGCACCAGGGCCUCCCAGUCCUGUCUUCUCUCGGCCAUGCACUCGUCACACCUCUCUGUCCCCGUUCUUUUUUUUUUUUUUUUCUUUUUUCUUUUUUUCGGAGCUGGGGACCGAACCCAGGGCCUUGCGCUUUCUAGGCAAGCGCUCUACCACUGAGCUAAAUCCCCAGCCCCUCUGUCCCCGUUCUUAACUAGAACCUCCCUGUUGCCUCACUUCCUCAUACCCAUUGGCGCGCCCGUAUUUCUUUCCCAACAGUCCUGGGGCCUGUAAGAUUUGGUGAAUAACUUUGAAAAUCUGCACCUUGGACCCCCGUUGCCUUGAACAGCAAGAAGAGGUUCAAGAAAAUCUUUUGGUGACCCCCCCCCAACCCCAAGUCUAUUUCUUUGUUUUCCUUUCUGUUUUGUUGUCGUCUUGCUUUGGUUUGAAGACAGGGUCUCACCGUGUAGCUUGCCACGCUGGAACGCAAUACUAGACCAACUGGCCUUAAACUGUGAAAUCCACCUGCCAGUGUCUUCUUUUUAUCUUUUUUAUUUUUCCAUCAAUAGGUGCUUUAUUUUGUACUUGAAAAUUUUCAGUUGGGCCGGGCAUGGUGACACAGCAUGCCUCUAAUCGCAGGCAAAGGCAGGAGGAUCUCCCUGAGCUUGAGGCCAGUCUGGCCUACAUAGUGGGCUCUAGGACAGCCAGAACUACACAGAGGGACCCUGUCUAAAAAAUAAUAUGAAUGAAUAAAUAAAUAAAUGGGAGAAAUAAAAGAAA